AUGUCCCAUCCACUCAGGCUUCUUGUGGACCUCAUCAGCAAGGUGGCCGGUGGCAGCUUCGAUCCUGACCUCACGAGGUCAGGCAUGUUUGCCCGUGAGGCAGGUGCUGUGCAAGAUGCUGGGGACGACAUUGAUUCGUCAAGCUGUGGCUCGGAAGACGAGGAUGACAGGGAUGUUUAUGAGGAAGAACAGGCGAUCGAACAGGCCUUCAAUGCAGAAGGGCUCAACACCAGGGACAAUUUUGCGUUUGCUUGCAAUUAUGCUCCGGGGUCGGCGGAUGAACGCCCUUUGACGACCCUGGCAACCAAUUUCCUUGGUGCUGCUCCUUCGAAAAAGGAGAUGGCCUGCGUCAGACGCCUUUUCAGUGAGGCAUACUCGAUCAUUGCUGCAGAUAUGCGUUCCAAGGUUGAAGCCUCAGACGAGGCUGCUGUGAAGAAGCUUGCACCAGCUGAGCUUUCUCAGAGGUUGUGUGAACAGCAACAAAGGCUUUCAGGAUUGGAUAUCAGAGGCAACUUCGAGCAUUGCCUUAUCAGGCGCGUGCGUGAGCUUGACCAGGCCCACAUCGUGUGCUUCAAGAAGCGUGAGCACCGUGCAGAGAAGUUGAUUAAUGCUUGCAUGGAAGAGGUCCAAGCUGUGCUCGGUGCCAAGCGUUUGCUCCUUGUGGAAAGGGUUGCAGAAAGUAUCAACUGGCCAGACACCACACUCUUCCAGGAGAUGUCCCAAGGUUUCCAGCUGGUGGGACAGGGUGAGUGCCUUCCUGCAAGCCGCACGGUGCGCGUGGGGACUCUUGUGGACGAGGUGGUGGAAUUGGACCGUGCCUUGAUAAAUAUCCUUGAGACUGGCGUGGUAGUGCCUAAUCAGCUACCUUCUGUUCUGGGAAAACUUCAAUAUGCAGACUCCCGUGUGUGGGGCGAGCUGGCAAGCUGGUUGGCCGACUUGAGGGAGCUUGGACACACGGUGCAGUUUGUCUUUUCCCUGAUGCAAAUCCUGAAGUUUUCGGCAGUGAAGUUCCGAGUGCAGCUUCGGAUGUUUGGAGACAUGGUGGGAAGUCCCACGUUAUUGGAUUGGUUGAACGUUAUGCUUGCGAGGUGGCCUUGCGUCACUGGAAGAAAAGAGUAUCCUCCGGAAGGGUCGUCAUGUUUGUGGACAACUGGCCUCAUUGGACGCGCUCGUCAAGGGGACGUCAUUGCAGGAAGACUGGCGUAA